UUCUAUUUUCUCUCUCUAAUGCUCAGACUGUCGGUGGAGUGGUAGUCUAUGCUGGUUGGUUACUCUGUCCCUUUCGUAUUCUUUAAGCCAUUUCCUUCCGUAAGGGAAUACUGUCUAUUAUAUAUUUACAGCUAUACAAAGAGAGAGACACUUUUGGAGAGAGAGAGAUAGAACUGGGCUUAGCAUUGCUGUUUGCUUACAUGGGUUUGUGAGAUCGGUCGCAGUCCAUCUCUCUCUGUCCGGUUCUUCUGCAUCUGUGACUCUCCCAGUGGAUUUGGGAUUUGGUUGACUGUCUGCCUGUUCGUGACUUUUGAGAUUUUGGGUGUGAGAUCUGGUGGAAAACUCAAUCAAUUUGGCUUUUUUUGUUGAGGGAUUCAAGUGGGUACCUUCGAAAUCGUGGAAUUGACUUUAAAGAUCGAGUCUUUGAGGUGCUUCUGGCCAGAUCUGGGCCCUAAAGCAGAAGUAAUUUAAUUCACUACAGCAGAUUCUUUGGAAACUUGGAGCUUUGAGGAAUGCUUAGAUCUUAUUGAGAGCCAACAACCAUUUUCAUUUAUUGUUCACAUUUGAGCAAAGAAGCAAGUGCCAAUGGAACCAGGAGGAGAAACUGGGGCAAAGUCCGUGAAGAGCCUGGGUGGUCAGGUCUGCCAAAUCUGUGGUGAUAAUGUUGGGACUACUGUAAAUGGUGAAGCAUUCAUUGCCUGCGAUGUCUGUGCUUUUCCUGUCUGCAGACCAUGCUAUGAAUAUGAAAGAAAGGAUGGGAAUCAGUCUUGUCCGCAAUGCAAAACCAGAUACAAAAGGCACAAAGGGAGUCCUGCUAUUCUUGGCGAUAGAGAAGAGGAUACAGAUGCAGAAGAUGGUACUGGUGAUUUCAAUUACACUUCAGAAAAUCAAAAUGAGAAGCAGAAGAUUGCAGAACGCAUGUUGAGCUGGCAUAUGACUUAUGGACGUGGAGAGGAUGUUGGGCCCCCAAAUUAUGAUAAAGAGGUUUCUCACAAUCACAUUCCUUUACUCACCAGUGGUCAAGAGGUUUCUGGAGAAUUGUCUGCUGCAUCGCCAGAGCGCCUUUCUAUGGCAUCUCCGGGAGUUGCUGGUGGAAAGCGUAUGCAUCCUCUUCCUUAUGCUUCUGAUGUUAACCAAUCACCUAAUAUUAGGGUUGUUGAUCCUGUGAGGGAGUUUGGUUCACCUGGGUUGGGCAAUGUAGCUUGGAAAGAGAGAGUGGAUGGGUGGAAGAUGAAGCAGGAGAAGAAUGUUGUUCCAAUGAGCACUGGCCAAGCUACUUCUGAGAGGGGGGGUGGAGAUAUUGAUGCCAGUACUGAUGUGCUUGUGGAUGACUCCUUACUGAAUGAUGAAGCUAGGCAGCCUCUUUCAAGGAAGGUCUCUGUACCUUCAUCCAGGAUAAACCCCUAUAGAAUGGUUAUUGUUCUGCGGCUUGUUAUACUCUGUAUUUUCUUGCAUUACCGAAUUACAAAUCCUGUGACAAAUGCUUUUCCUCUGUGGUUACUAUCGGUGAUAUGUGAGAUUUGGUUUGCAAUAUCCUGGAUUCUCGAUCAGUUCCCUAAGUGGCUCCCUGUAAACCGUGAAACAUAUCUUGACAGGCUUGCUCUAAGAUAUGACCGAGAAGGAGAACCAUCACAAUUAGCUGCUGUUGACAUUUUUGUCAGUACUGUUGACCCGUUGAAGGAGCCUCCUCUUGUUACAGCUAAUACUGUGCUAUCCAUUCUGGCUGUUGACUAUCCUGUCGACAAGGUUUCAUGCUAUGUGUCUGAUGAUGGAGCGGCCAUGUUGACAUUUGAAGCUCUCUCUGAAACUUCAGAAUUUGCAAGGAAAUGGGUUCCUUUCUGCAAGAAAUACAGCAUUGAGCCAAGGGCUCCUGAAUGGUAUUUUGCACAGAAGAUUGACUACUUGAAAGAUAAGGUUCAGCCAUCAUUUGUCAAAGACCGUAGAGCAAUGAAGAGAGAAUAUGAAGAGUUCAAAAUUCGUGUCAAUCAACUUGUUGCAAAGGCUCAGAAAAUUCCUGAAGAAGGAUGGAUUAUGCAAGAUGGUACCCCAUGGCCUGGAAAUAACACCAGAGACCAUCCGGGAAUGAUUCAGGUUUUCUUGGGUCAAAGUGGAGGACUUGAUGCGGAGGGGAAUGAACUGCCGCGUUUAGUCUAUGUAUCUCGUGAGAAGCGUCCGGGCUUCCAACAUCACAAGAAAGCUGGUGCUAUGAAUGCACUUGUUCGAGUGUCAGCUGUCCUCACCAAUGGACCUUUCUUGUUGAAUCUUGAUUGUGAUCACUACAUUAACAACAGCAAAGCCAUAAGAGAAGCCAUGUGCUUCAUGAUGGAUCCCAACCUUGGGAAGCAUGUUUGCUAUGUACAGUUUCCUCAGAGAUUCGAUGGUAUUGAUAGAAACGAUCGAUAUGCCAACCGUAAUACUGUCUUCUUUGAUAUUAACUUGAGAGGUUUGGAUGGAAUUCAAGGCCCUGUCUAUGUGGGUACUGGUUGUGUCUUCAAUAGAACAGCUUUAUAUGGUUAUGAACCUCCUGUUAAGCCUAAGCAUAAGAAAGCUGGAUUUUUAUCUUCCUUAUGUGGUGGAUCACGAAAGAAGGGUUCAAAAUCAAGUAAAAAGGGCUCUGACAAGAAGAAAUCUAGCAAGCAUGUGGAUCCCACUGUGCCAAUUUUCAGUCUUGAAGAUAUAGAAGAGGGAGUGGAAGGCGCUGGAUUUGAUGAUGAGAAGUCGCUGCUCAUGUCACAAAUGAGCCUGGAGAAAAGGUUUGGUCAGUCUGCAGUUUUUGUUGCCUCUACACUUAUGGAAAAUGGCGGCGUUCCUCAAUCUGCCACACCUGAAACUCUUCUGAAGGAGGCCAUUCAUGUUAUCAGCUGUGGAUACGAGGACAAAACUGACUGGGGGUCUGAGAUUGGAUGGAUUUAUGGUUCCGUCACUGAAGAUAUUCUUACAGGAUUCAAGAUGCAUGCCCGUGGCUGGAGAUCAGUUUACUGUAAUCCUAAGCGCCCAGCCUUUAAAGGAUCUGCUCCUAUCAAUCUUUCAGAUCGUCUGAACCAAGUGCUUCGGUGGGCGCUAGGUUCUGUGGAAAUUCUACUUAGUCGGCAUUGCCCUAUCUGGUAUGGUUAUGGUGGCAGGCUAAAAUGGCUCGAGAGAUUCGCGUAUGUAAACACAACCAUUUAUCCAAUCACCGCCAUUCCCCUUCUCAUAUAUUGCACACUGCCGGCUGUCUGUCUUCUCACUAAUAAGUUCAUCAUUCCACAGAUUAGCAACCUUGCCAGUAUAUGGUUUAUCUCUCUCUUUCUUUCCAUCUUCGCAACUGGUAUUCUAGAGAUGAGAUGGAGUGGUGUUGGAAUCGACGAGUGGUGGAGAAACGAACAGUUUUGGGUUAUUGGUGGUGUUUCAUCUCAUCUCUUUGCCGUUUUCCAAGGUCUGCUCAAAGUACUUGCUGGUAUUGAUACCAACUUCACUGUCACCUCCAAGGCGUCAGAUGAAGAUGGAGACUAUGCAGAACUCUACAUGUUCAAAUGGACAACCCUGCUCAUCCCACCAACGACUCUCCUCAUCAUCAACUUGGUAGGGGUGGUUGCCGGGAUAUCAUAUGCCAUUAACAGUGGUUACCAAUCAUGGGGUCCCCUAUUUGGAAAGCUCUUCUUUGCCUUCUGGGUGAUCAUUCAUCUUUAUCCUUUCCUCAAAGGUCUUAUGGGACGCCAGAACCGCACCCCAACCAUUGUUGUCGUGUGGUCGAUUCUUCUUGCUUCAAUCUUCUCUUUGUUAUGGGUGAGGAUCGAUCCUUUCACGACUAGAGUCACCGGCCCAGAUGUGGAGCAAUGUGGAAUCAACUGCUAGAGGGAAGAUGACCCGAAAGACUGAAAUAUUUAUUUAUUUGUUGUCUGAUAUAUAUAUACACUAAGCCCAAAGCAAAGGCUGAAGAUGUGGAAGCUAUGGAAAUUUGUCUUAUAUUUUGUUGAUUUUACCCUUCUUCUUUUCUUUCUUCUUUUUCUUUUGUUCGGUUUUUGAAAUGGGUUGCCCAUGUGAAUCUAAGUUAUGUGCAGGUCAAUAGGGGGUGAAAGCAAAGAAUUUAUUUUGUUGUUUUUUUAGAGAGUGAAACUUCAUGUAAUACAUUUGAACUUCUUAUUUUUCUGAAACAUAAUUCAUAGUUUAAAUUACCCA